GCAGAAGGUGAAGAACCGAUUGCCAUUUAUCUCAGUUCCCAAAAGCUCUGAACGCCCAAAAAGUUAUGGAAGUUAACGACGAUCUCCCCGCCCUACUGGAUGAACAACGCCGUGAAAUUGCUGCUGCUCAAGCCGCUGAAGACGAUCUCCUCUUUGCCUUUCAACUCCAAAUGGAAGAGGCUAUGAUCAACUCUCUCCCAAAAAAUGCCGCUUCCAGUUCCAGACUCAUUUUUUACGAUGAAGACGUCAUCCCCAACAACACUGUUUCACAUCUUUUCGCUGAGGAAUUGUUAAAGUACGAACAGCAAGUCCAUGAUUGUAAAAAGGCUGAGUCGGAGAUGAAGAAAAUUGAAGACGACCUCAACCGUCGAAUUCACGAUCAGGCAUUUGCACGCGAGAUACAGAGGGUUCCGGAGUAUCAGUGGAAGAAGACUGGGGAUCAUUUACAGAGGCCUUAUGGUGAAGGUUCGUCCAAGGGAGGGGUGGCGAUGCAAAAUGGGGAGUGUUUUAGGGUUUAUGUUAAGGGUUUGAUGGGUGAAGAUGUUGAAGAGACGGAUGGAGUUGGGGAAAAACAAGUCGCUGGGAUUGGAGUUGCUGUUUGUGACCCGAGUGGUAUAUUGGUGUUUGAAGUGAGUAAGGGUUUGAUUGCAAGUGCUGAAGUCGUCUUGACUGAUGAAAUUGUAGAGCUGAAAGCACUGAUUGAAGGACUUGAUGUUGCUACAAUGCUGGGUUUGAAAAGGGUUAAUUUCUUCUUGGAUAGUCAAACAAUCUUCCAAUAUGUUAGGGGCAAGGUGCAUCCUAGGAAGGAAAAUAUUGCUGCACUUGUUGAACAGGCAACUGCUGGUUUAAGAAAAUUUGCAGAUUCUAUAACAUUUGUUGUGGCACCAAACACUGUCAAUUUUGCAAUUAAACUUGCUACUGAUGCGAUAGCCUCUCAGGUCAAGCAACCAUCAGAUUCUACUCGAAAGAGAAAGAGCAUCACCGAGAGUUGUGCUAUUUGUCUGCAGGACACUGAUAUGGAUCAUAUGUUUCUAAUUAAUGGUUGCCUGCAUUAUUAUUGCUUUUCCUGCAUGAAUAAACAUGUGGAAGUUAAGCUCCUUCAAGGAAUGCUGCCGAAAUGUCCUCAUGAUGGAUGCAAAUCAGAGUUGAAAAUAGAUGACUGCAAAAAGUUCUUGACACCCAAAAUAUAUGAUUUGAUGAGUGAACGUGUAAAAGAAACUACAAUUCCUAUCACAGAAAAGAUUUACUGCCCCAAUCCGCAGUGUUCCACGUUAAUGUCAAAAGCCGAGGUCCAAAUUUCUUCCCAAACUGGGGCCAGAACAUGCAUGAAAUGUUGCCACAUAUUCUGUAUCAAUUGCAAAGUUCCUUGGCAUGAAAACAUGACCUGCUUUGACUAUAGAAGACUAAACCCUUACAAUUGCGUAGACGACGCAAAGCUCAAGUCUCUUGCUACACAGUGUUGUUGGCGUCAGUGUGCUAAGUGCAACCAUAUGGUGUCCCUUGCGGAAGGCUGCUAUCAUAUUAACUGCAGAUGUGGUCACGAGUUUUGUUACACGUGCGGAGCUGAGUGGAAGAACAAGAAAGCGACAUGCUGUUGCCCAAUAUGGGCGGAGAGAAAUAUCAUUCAUCAAGCAAGGAGAGGGUGAUUGAUUUUGCAGAGGAGAUUUGUUUGAUGGUGGCUCUCUGUAGUGAGUGCUGUUGUUAAUACAUGCUAAUAGUAGGAGAUAGGAGAUAUAAAUUUGGUUUCGUGAUAGUUUUGAGGAUUCUGUGUUAGUCCAUCCAUGGUUUGAAUUUUAGUCCUAAAUGAAAUGACACUUGCUUGUAUUGAGUUGU